UUGACUCUGCAGUGAGCGCCACUUGAGAAAUGCUCAAAAAAAUACAAACACAAAUCCAAGUUUUGGAGAGCCGCACCACAGCUGCACAAAAACCCUCCGCCAUGAUGCUGCGCUGCUUCCCAUAGCUGCACAGCCGACACAAACGAAUUAAUUAACGCCGAAGUGAGACACACAGCUGACUUCAGGAGUUGUUAUGCUAUUGAAGUGGUCUAGGGAUGCCCAAAGAGAAAUAUGACCCGCCUGAUUCCAGGCGGAUGUACACUAUCAUGUCCAGUGAGGAGGCAAACAGUGGGAAAAAAUCCAUCUGGGAUGGGCUUGAAAUAACUGGUAAUGUUCGGAGUCUCAGCUCGGGCCUUUGGUCGCUCACGCACCUCACUGCUCUGCACCUCAGUGACAACUCCCUGUCACGCAUCCCACCUGAAAUUGCCAAGCUGCACAACCUUGUGUUCUUGGACCUGUCGUCCAAUAAGAUCAGGAGCCUGCCAGCAGAGCUUGGCAACAUGGUGUCUCUCAGGGAACUGCUUUUAAAUAACAACCAGUUGCGGGUUCUGCCAUUCGAAUUGGGGAAAUUGUUUCAGUUACAAACACUUGGGUUAAAAGGCAAUCCACUCACUCAAGAAAUUAUGAGCCUCUACCAGGAGCCAGAUGGUACCCGGCGACUGCUAAGCUACCUUUUGGACAAUCUUAACGGUGCUAUCAAGUGCAUCCCAACAGAGCCACCUCCGUCCAGGUCCUGGAUUGUGCUGCAGGAGCCUGAAAGAACAAGACCAACAGCCCUGUUAACUGUAAUGUGCUACAACGUGCUGUGUGAUAAGUACGCCACACGUCAGCUCUACGGCUACUGCCCAUCCUGGGCCCUUAACUGGAGCUACAGGAAAAAGUCCAUUAUGCAGGAAAUCCUCAGCUGCAAUGCAGAUAUUAUCAGCUUACAGGAAGUGGAGACAGAGCAGUAUCACAACUACUUCCUUGUGGAGCUGAGUAAACAGGGAUAUGAUGGAUUUUUCAGCCCAAAAUCCCGGGCCAGAACCAUGUCUGAAUCGGACAGGAAACAUGUAGAUGGAUGUGCAAUAUUCUACAAGACUGAAAAGUUCAGCAUGUUGCAGAAACACACAGUAGAGUUUAACCAGCUGGCUAUGGCCAAUUCAGAGGGCUCAGAGGCUAUGUUGAAUCGGGUCAUGACCAAGGACAACAUUGGGGUGGCUGUGUUGCUGGAGCUAAAGGAGUUAAUGGAGUUGUCAUCAGGUAAGUCUAUCCAUUCUAUGGAGAAGCAGCUCCUACUAGUGGCUAAUGCUCACAUGCACUGGGACCCAGAAUAUUCUGACGUGAAGCUGGUACAGACCAUGAUGUUCCUGUCAGAGGUGAAGAAUAUCAGAGACAAAGCCUCCCGCAGUCUGAAGCUCUCCUCCGUGUCGGGAGAAACCAACAGCAUCCCUUUGGUGCUUUGUGCCGACCUCAACUCGCUUCCUGACUCGGGUGUAGUGGAGUACUUGAGCACAGGUGGGGUGGACUGCACACACAAAGACUUCAAGGAGCUGCGCUACAGUGACAGCCUGACCAACUUUAACUGCAACGGCAAAAAUGGCACAUCUAACGGGAGGAUCACGCAUGGUUUCAAGCUAAAGAGUGCCUACGAGAACGUGCUCAUGCCUUACACCAAUUACACUUUUGAUUUCAGAGGUGUCAUUGACUACAUCUUCUACUCCAGACCUCAACUGAACGUGCUGGGCGUCCUCGGGCCUUUGGACACAAACUGGCUCCUUGAGAACAAUAUCAGUGGUUGCCCACACCCUCACAUCCCCUCAGAUCACUUCUCCCUGUUUGCACAACUGGAGCUGGUCCUGCCUUAUCCUCCCCCUCUCAAUGGAGUCCACUUAGCUGGACACAGGUAGUGAGCCCUUCUGGCCGCUGAUGGCGCUGCAGAGUCACAGUUCUUAUAAGUUUUCUGAAAACGAUAAAACCUC